GGUGCUCCUCGAGGAGGCUGCCGUCCGUCGGCCGGUGCGUGCGUGCGCCUCGUCGGUCCGCGUGUGCCAGUCCCGGGGCCCCUUCCCUUCCUUUCCCUUCCUUCCCCUUCCUUCCCCUGGCUCUGCGGCCAUGACGGCGCCGCCACCCCAGCCCCCGUCGCCGGGCCCGAGCCCCGCCGACGACUCGGCAGCCGACCCCGGCCCGGGGCCCGGAUCUCUGGUCGUGCUGUUCGGGGCCACGGCCGGCGCGCUCGGCUCGGACCUGGGCUCCGACGAGACCGACUUGAUCCUGCUGGUCUGGCAAGUGGUGGAGCCGCGGAGCCGCCAGGUGGGCACGCUGCACAAGUCGCUGGUGCGCGCCGAGGCGGCCGCCCUGAGCGCGCAGUGCCGCGAGGCGAGCGGCCUGAGCGCCGACAGCCUGGCGCAGGCCGAGCCGCUGGACAAGGUGCUGCAGCAGUUCUCCCAGCUGGUGAGCAGUGAUGUGGCUCUGCUGGGCGGAGGCCCCUACACUCUCUGCACGGACGGCCAGCAGCUGCUUCGACAGGUCCUGCACCCUGAGGCCUCCAGGAAGAACUUGGUGCUCCCCGACACCUUCUUCUCCUUCUAUGACCUCCGAAGAGAGUUCCACGCACAGCACCCAGCCAGCUGCCCUGCGCGGGAGCUUACUGUGGGCGCCAUGGCACAGGACUUGGGGCUAGAGACAGACGCCACCGAGGAUGACUUUGGGGUCUGGGAAGUGAAGACAAUGGUAGCUGUCACUCUUCACCUACUCGAAGCACCCAGUGGUCAAUUGUUUUCGACGCCCGAGGCCAUAAAGCAGAAAUAUGAGACGGGCCCUUGCAGCAAGUCCGAUGUGGUAGACAGUGAGACUGUGGUCCGGGCUCGUGGGUUACCUUGGCAGUCAUCUGAUCAGGAUGUGGCUCGAUUCUUCAAAGGGCUCAACAUUGCCAGGGGUGGGGUAGCGCUGUGCCUCAAUGCCCAGGGCCGCAGGAACGGCGAGGCCCUCAUCCGCUUUGUGGACAGCGAGCAGCGGGACCUAGCACUGCAGAGGCACAAGCACCACAUGGGCGUCCGCUACAUUGAGGUGUAUAAAGCAACUGGAGAGGAGUUUGUCAAGAUCGCAGGGGGUACAUCACUAGAGGUGGCUCGUUUCCUGUCACGGGAAGACCAGGUGAUCCUACGACUACGAGGACUCCCUUUCUCGGCUGGGCCAACAGAUGUGCUCAGCUUCCUAGGGCCAGAGUGCCCAGUGACUGGGGGUGCUGAUGGGCUGCUCUUUGUACGCCACCCCGAUGGCCGACCCACUGGUGAUGCCUUUGCCCUCUUUGCCUGCGAGGAGCUAGCGCAGGCUGCAUUGGGCAGGCACAAGGGCAUGCUGGGUAAGAGGUACAUUGAACUCUUCCGGAGCACUGCUGCUGAGGUGCAACAGGUUCUGAACCGCUAUGCCUCCAGCCCACUCCUUCCCACCCUGACGCCGCCACUGCUGCCCAUCCCCUUCCCUCUGGCAGCUGGGACUGGGAGGGACUGUGUCCGCCUUCGAGGCCUUCCCUACACUGCCACCAUUGAGGACAUCCUGAGCUUUCUGGGCGAGGCCGCAGCUGACAUCCGACCCCAUGGUGUGCAUAUGGUGCUCAACCAGCAGGGCCGGCCUUCGGGAGAUGCCUUUAUCCAGAUGACAUCAGCAGAGCGGGCCCUUGCUGCCACUCAACGCUGCCAUAAGAAAGUGAUGAAGGAGCGCUACGUGGAGGUGGUCCCCUGCUCCACAGAGGAGAUGAGCCGUGUGCUAAUGGGGGGCGCCUUGGGCCGCAGUGGCAUGUCCCCUCCGCCCUGCAAGUUGCCUUGCCUCUCUCCGCCUGCCUAUGCCACUUUCCAGGCCACCCCAACACUCAUUUCCACUGAUACAGCAGCUCUGUACCCCUCUUCGGCACUGCUCCCAGCUACCAGAGUGCCUGCUGCCCCCACUCCUCUUGCCUACUACCCAGGACCAGCCACUCAACUCUACAUGAACUAUACUGCGUACUACCCCAGCCCCCCUGUAUCCCCCACCACUGUGGGCUACCUCACCACACCCUCUGCGGCCCUGGCCUCUGCUUCUGCCUCUGUGUUGUCCCAGCCUGGAGCCCUGGUCCGGAUGCAGGGUGUCCCGUAUACAGCUGGUAUGAAAGAUCUGCUCAGUGUCUUCCAGGCCUAUCAGCUAGCCCCUGACGACUAUACCAGUCUGAUGCCUGUUGGUGACCCAUCUCGCACUGUCCUACAAGCCCCCAAGGAAUGGGUGUGUUUGUAGAUGAAGUGAAGUAGCUAGGAGGUAAAAGCUGGCUGAGGGACUCAGCUAACUUCUCCUGUAUUCUAAGGACCAGCACCCUUAACCCAAUGGUGACUUUUCUGGUUGUCAAAGCUCUCAGAAGGCACCCAGAGAAGUGUGCCCCCCCCCUC